AGACAGAAGUUCGAGCUCGGGUUCAAACGUUGUGCUUGUGUGUGUUUGCGACCUUUUCGCAGGCCCGUCGUAUCCGAACCGGGAACAUUUGGCGGUCCCCGCCAGCUCUCGAUAAAUUUUUCACUCGAAAGGGCCCUUCGAGGCAGUGGCGUCGACCUGCGGGGCCACAGCAGCGACCUGGCCGCCGACAAAGAAGCAGAAUUUUGAAAUGAUUGUCGAGUGCAAGCAGGGCCUCGGCGGCUCCGCUGACGACUAGCACCGGACAGAGGAUGGCCGAGUCGCUUCUGCACGGCAAACGCUUCUACUGCCGAGAAUGGGCCUUCAUGAAGUUGUCGCACUGCCUCGAGCAGCGCCACGCGUCCAAGGCCGGCGGCGCCCUCAUUCUGGGCGGCGCCGGCUGCGGAAAAACGGCCCUCUGCAGCGAACUCGUCUGGCCCUCGGUCCACACCGGACAGGGUGGCUAUCGGCAAAGGUCGCUCCACCGCAGACUCCUCGCCUACCACUUCUGCCAGGCGCACGACGUGUCAUCGCUGUCGCCGGCCGACUUCGUGCGGCACCUCGUGCAGCAGCUCAAAGUGUCCGAGUUGCUUUCGCCGCACUUUGAGGAGAAGCUGCGCGACCCUGACAUCGCGAACGCCCUUCGACCCGAAGUGUGCGAGCGUGACCCUGACGAGGCGUUCAAGAAGGCGGUGCUGUUUCCCCUGCUGGAACUGGACCCUCCCAAGCAGUGCUGCUUCAUCCUGGUCGACUCGAUCGACGAGACCAAUGUUUCCGGGCCCGGCGAGAAGUUGGAGCGCGGCGGCUCUUGCGGCAGCGCCGGCUCCUUUUCCAUGGUGGCCGGACGCAGCAAGACGGUCGGCGAACUGCUCGCCAACCACCACCAACUGCUGCCCCAGUGGAUUCUGCUCAUCUGCACUGCCAGGAGAUACAACAGGGGCAUGGCGCGGAUGUUCGCCGGCUUCCGGAAACUGUCCCUGGACGAGGUGCGCAAGGCGAACGUGGUCAAAGACGUGCAGCAGUACAUUCUGGCGCGUCUCGACUCGGAGUCGGCGCUCAGGGCGCACAUGGGCCGCGACGACACGGCCGAACUGCUCAACCAGCUGCACAUCAAGAGCCACGGCUGCCUGCUGUACGCCGAGCGGAUCCUGGACGCCGUCGCCGCCAACUCGAUCGUGCUCAGGGAGAUCAGGGAGAUCCCGGGCACCCUGAACGGCCUCUACCUCUGGCUGUGCCAAAGGAUCUUCACCAGGAAGCAAUUUAGCCGCGUUCAACCCCUAAUCAACGCCAUUCUCGCCGCCAGGUCGCCCCUGAAUGAGUCCGAACUCCUUGGAUGCGUCAAAGCUUACCAAGAUUCAAUAUCCCGAGAGGAAUUUAGCAAAAGACUGAACGUGCUGAAGAGAGUGUUGGUGGAGCGAAACGGCCGGUAUCUGUUGUUCCACCACAGCUUUGCCGAGUGGCUGGUCGACGUGAAGCACUGCACCCAGAAGUACCUGUGCAAGACGGUUGAGGGACACGCGCUGAUCGCCAAGAGUCUUUCCAACCGAGGCUCGGACACCACGGCCGAGGAGGUGCAGACCCUGGCGUCGCACCUCGUCCGGCUUGAGGGCAUCCAGGACUCUAACAGACCCGAGCACACCACCGUCGACCGGCACACACUCGCCUUGUGGCUGGUCAUGACUGACGUACCUGUGGAGGACUGUCUGCGCAGUACCGAAUCUUCUCCGAAGGACCAGCGCGCCCUUCGGCUGUUGCUUGAGGCGGGCGCCAAACCACGGGUCAACGAAAUUGAUGACAUUGUUCAGAUUCCAUCUGACGAGUGCAGCCCUGAGGGUAGCGAUCUAGACCCGCUGGCAGACCUGCUGAGGGCGACGGCCUCAGGACUUGGACAAGACUGCGAAGGUGGUGGAGAAAGCUUGACUCUGAGUGGGUCCAACUCCGGAGGUUCCUUAUUGCACGCUCUCUGCGCCGAGGGCAACUCUAGACUUGUGGCUCUCCUGCUAGCUAGGGGAGGUAUUGACCUGGAGGCGCCGGACAGCAACAGAACUGGCCAAACUGCUCUGAACUUAGCCGCUCGACACGGGCACGCAGAAAUAGUCACUUUGCUCCUUGAGGCGGGAGCUGAACCUGACCAUGCUGAUGUUGACGGCUGGACGGCCCUCAGAUCUGCUGCUUGGGGCGGUCACGUUACGACAGUGGAAAUUCUGCUGAAAAGGGGCGCUGACGUUGAAAGGGCAGACGCAGAGGGUAGGACGGCACUAAGAGCGGCAGCUUGGGGUGGCCAUGAGGAAAUUGUGUUGCAACUCUUGAGAGCCGGCGCCAAAGUUGAUGGCUGUGAUGCUGAGGGCAGAACGCCCUUAAUUGCCGCUGCCUAUAUGAGUCAUGCUGAAAUUGUCGAGCACCUCCUGGAAUUCGGAGCUGACCCCGACCACGAAGACUCAGACGGACGAACUGCCCUCUCUGUUGCAGCUCUCUGUGUUCCGGCAAGUGAAGGAUACACCAAAGUUGCCAAUAUAUUGCUUGAGAAAGGCGCUUCUGUAGACCACGAAGAUAGAGAUGGAAUGACACCCUUAUUGGUUGCAGCUUUUGAAGGUCACAAGGAAGUGUGUGAACUUCUUUUGGAAUAUGAAGCAGACCCUGAACACUCGGACAAAGGUGGGAGGACGCCUCUGUGGGCUGCUGCGUCCAUGGGCCACUGUGGAGUGGUUGCCCUCUUGCUCUUCUGGGGCUGCAGCGUGGACAGCAUUGACAAUGAGGGCAGGACUGUUUUAAGUGUUGCCUCUGCACAGGGAAGUCCAAAGGUCGUCAGACUUUUGCUUGAUCGUGGUUUGGACGAAAUGCACAGAGAUAAUGCAGGGUGGACGCCCCUCCACUAUGCAGCCUUCGAGGGACACAUCAGUGUUUGCGAAGUGUUACUUGACGCCGGCACUAAACUCGACGAGACGGACAAUGACGGCAAAACACCACUUAUGCUUUCAUCUCAAGAGGGACACAUCAGCGUUGUGAAUUUAGUUUUGCAACGAGGAGCAAACGCCAACCAUCGGGCGCACUGUGGCAAGACGGCUCUGCGUCUGGCUGCCGUUGAAGGUCACCGAGAGGUGGUCAGGUCGCUUGUCAAGGCCGGGGCUGACCCUAGCACCAAGGACGCAGACGGCAGGUCAACCUUGUAUGUUUUGGCGCUGGAAAACCGAGUGUCUAUGGCGCGUUGUCUGAUUGCCGAGUCGGCUUCGUUCGGACCUCCAGCGCCUCCUCCGAGGGGAGGAAUCCUCACCCCUACCUCGAUGCCACUUCUGCUCGAUCUGGAAGGUGCUGACAGUGAAGGCAGAACUCCUCUCCAUGUGUCUGCCUGGCAAGGACACACAGACAUGGCUGCUCUUUUGCUCGAUGCUGGCGCCGACGUCAAUGCCACUGACAGGGAGAAGAGGACAGCAUUGCAGUCAGCAAGUUGGCAGGGCCACUCUGCGAUUGUAAGGCUGCUGAUGAGCCGCAGCGCCAAAGUUGACCACACUUGCAGUCAAGGGGCCACCGCCCUUUGCAUUGCUGCUCAAGAGGGUCACGUGGCCUGCGUCAAGGCGCUUCUGCAAGGUGGAGCGGAUCCCCAUCACUCGGACCGAUGUGGGCGCACUGCUCUGCGGGUUGCGGCCAAAUCUGGUCAUGAGGAGAUUGUCAGACUUCUCGAAGAGGCUGCCGCCACUGGAGCCAUGCACCACAGAUCCAAACAUGGUGGAAGUAGUAACACUUCGAUGGCGUCAACAGUGGAGACAAAACCAUCCUCCGCCGUUCUCAUGCCUCCCUCUUACCGCUCCCACUCCCCGGUUGGAGGUCAGGACGUCAGUCCGGACAGCACGUCUGACCUGAAGAGGAGGUCCUACAUCUCGGUGGGCAACCAGUCCUCAAGCAAGAGCAGUUCCAACUUCACGGGUUCCUCCACCAAGUCGGCCCACGGAAUCACUCUGGUGCAGCAACCGCCGGCUCGGACGGACCUCUCCUUCACUCAGCAACUCCAAAGGGCCUCCAAGCACCGGCCUCUCAGUCAAGUUUUGUUGCUGUCGCCCCUCAGCGAGCCGCAGAGUCCGAUUUACGCGUCGCCUCCGCAGUCGCCGCUCAGCGACUCUAGUUUAAGAAAUAAUUCACCGCCGCUGCCUGGCAGCAAAAACAACCACGAGAGACCUACGUUGGCCAACUCGACGGCCAUCAACUCGCCUUUUCCGGACACCAUGCCCGUGUCCCUGGCGCCCCUUUCCUUCACGCAAGACUCGCACAUGAGGAUCAUCCUCGGCAACCGACCUCUGGACAACUCGGCCAAGGUCAAACGAAACGGCAUCGUCACCAAUCCCAAUCUGAAGACCAACAGUGUGGCGGGGGGAAUCAAGGUGGGCCUCAGAAACGGCUUUGAGGCGGCCAAAAAACAGGUGACGGCCAAGUGUCAGGCCACGCGCAGCAACGGUUUCCCCUGGAAGAAAGAAACACCGCUUUAAAUCAAUUUUAAUUAAGUGUAAAAUUUCGCGUUUUUAUCUCUGGGUGUCGUCAAAAAAAAAUUAUACCUCUUGUUGUUUCGGAACUUAGAAAUUCAAUUUCUUUUGGGACUUCGAAAUUUGCUAAUAAUUUUGAUAGAAGUAAAUGGUCAUUAUUUGAAUCAGGGCCCAAACUAUAAAGAUUCUUUCAUUUUGAGCAUUAUUUGAUUGACUUGUUUGAACGAUAGGUUUAUUAUUGUGCAAAAACGAUUUUAACAGUGUUUAUUUUGGAUAUUUUACUUGAUUUUUUUUUCUCUUGACAAAAGAGCAAUUUAUUUAUUUUAUUCAUGUCUGAUGGAUAAAUUUAACAUUGCUUCAAAAUGAAAGAAUGAAUUUAUCUUUGCCAAUCUGCAAAAAAAUCAGUUGUCCCAAAAGGAGUGCCCAAAUUAUUACUAUGCGUGUUGAACCAAAGUAUUGAAUUACUGUGCCUCUUAUUCACUCACCAGCCAUCAGACACGUUCCAGCGCCAUCACGUCAUUGCCAAACUAUAAGUAUUCGUUAAGACUUGCAGAUUGUAAAUAAUUGAGGUGUUAGAAGAAAGAAAAUUGCGCAUUUCGUCUCUGGAUCGAUUAUAAUUUCCCGUUUUUCUUGGUUUGGUCGGCACCACUGUACGGAGAAUAAUAUUACCUAGACAAACAGAUGUAAAAUUUGUCUUGCAAUAAACAAAGGAAAUUAAAUUUUAAGGCCUAGCUUAGGAAAAAAUUGGGAGCCUAAGAAUGCGUUGCGUACGUGCCCGUGUGAUAUUAAUUGUCUUGUGGAGAUUAACCUUGUAUUCCUUUUUACAAAUGUGACGUCAAUUAUGUUUUCUCUGAAAUUCUAUUGUUCUAAUUUUUGAGUUUGAGAAAAUUUUAAAAGAAUUAUUCAAGAGUGAUUAUUAUUAUUAUUUUAAUUAUUUCCUAAUUAUUAAUAGUGAUACUCCUUCCACCCGUUUAUGAUAUAAAAUUGAUAGAAAAUAUACUUUUCCCACGUGUAAGAAAAUAACUGUGUAUUGAGAAUGCCUGUUUGUAUAAUGUGCAAUAAGAGCCUAAGCAGAAACUCGAGAGCUAUUAUAAUACCGUGCACAGGACGCGCACACUGUUCGAGGGUUUAGUUGUGAUCUCAUUAGUUUUCUUUUUUGUGCAAGGACAUUUGAUGAUUUUUGCCGAGUUUUAAUUAAGCAGUAAUUAUUGUAUUCAACAAGAACCACCAUGCUAUUUGUAGUUGUACAUUUCAGACCCUUUAGUCAACUCACUGCCUCCUUUUGCCAUUGCAUAAAUAAUUCAUUCAAAAUAGACGCAUAAUUAAUUAUAUAUAUUAUAAAGUUUUAAAAUAUAAUUCGUCUCUGCAUUUUUACUGCUAAUUAAUUGAUUGAGCUACUAUUUACAAACGCACUGUAUCACGGAGCAGUUGAUUAGUUCCCCGUCAGUGUAUUAUACCAAGAAACCAAAAAAAAUAGACAUUGAAUUUUUCAUUGUUCCAUAAUAUUGAUGCACCGGUAUUUUCUUGUAUUAAUUAAAUGAAGUAUUACUUACGCCUUUGAAAGUAAAUUAUUAACCUAAAAAAAGUUACGCAACAGUACACAUACACCUGAGGAAUGAUAUAUAUUUAUGUGAAUGUAAAAUUAGAGAAUAUUUAAAAAUCAAUAAAAAUGAACCGAGAAA